AUGAGUGCUAUAAUCAUCACUGGGUAUAAAACUGACCCUAACUCUAUGGCUCUUUUGCGAUCAAGCUACCACCUAAUUAGUAGACUACCAGCUGAUAUAGAUAAUGAUGAUCUUCGACGAGCUGUUCCACAGCAAGAGUCCCAAAUCCCAAUUAGCUAUAGUCAAUCCAUCAAAAACGUUUGUAUACUUUUGAAGUUUCCCAGUUUCCAAAGUAAUUUAGAAAUUCGUGAAGAAAUUGAAAAGCGUUGA